AUGGCAGACAACGAAAUGCAAGUUAACGAAGGACUCAUUGAGUCGAACUACGAUGAGGUCGUCGACCACUUUGACAACAUGGAGCUUAAGCCUGAGUUGUUGAGAGGUAUCUACGCAUACGGUUUCGAGCGUCCUUCUGCUAUCCAACAACGCGCUAUUAUGCCUGUCGUUAAGAAGAACGACGUUAUCGCUCAAGCCCAGUCUGGUACUGGUAAAACUGCCACUUUCACCGUCUCCAUCUUGCAGAGAAUCGACGCGUCUAUCAAGGGCACUCAAGCUCUUAUCGUCGCUCCUACCCGUGAACUUGCUCAACAGAUUCACAAGGUCGUUGUUGCUUUAGGUGACUACAUGGGUAUCACUUGUCACGCUUGUGUUGGUGGUACGAACGUUCGUGAGGAUAUGGCUAAGCUUCAAGACGGUGUUCACGUCGUCGUCGGUACCCCUGGUCGUGUCUACGAUAUGUUGAACAGACGCGUUCUCAGCACCCAGCACAUGCAAAUUUUCUGUCUUGAUGAGGCUGAUGAGAUGUUGUCCCGUGGUUUCAAGGAGCAGAUCUACGAGGUCUUCCAACUCCUCCCAGGUGAAACUCAAGUUGCUCUCUUCUCUGCAACCAUGCCUGCUGAUGUUUUGGAUGUCUCAAAGAAAUUCAUGCGUGACCCAAUUAGAAUUCUCGUCAAGCGUGAUGAAUUGACCUUGGAAGGUAUCAAGCAGUUCUACAUCAACGUUGACAAGGAUGAAUGGAAAUUGGACACUCUCGCAGAUUUGUACGAGACUGUUACCAUCACUCAAGCUGUCAUCUUCUGUAACUCUCGUCGUCGUGUCGAUUGGUUGACUGAACAAUUAGGUGCUAGAGAUUUCACCGUUUCUGCUAUGCACGGUGAUAUGGACCAAAACCAACGUGAAACUAUCAUGAAGGAGUUCAGAUCAGGUUCUUCAAGAGUUUUGAUCACCACUGAUCUUUUGGCUAGAGGUAUUGACGUUCAACAAGUUUCACUUGUCAUCAACUACGACUUACCUGCUUCCCGUGAAAACUACAUUCACAGAAUCGGUAGAGGUGGUAGAUUCGGUAGAAAGGGUGUUGCCAUCAACUUUGUUACAGAGGAUGAUGUCAAGAUGUUACGUGAAAUUGAGCAAUUCUACUCAACUCAAAUUGAUGAGAUGCCAUUGAACGUAGCUGAUCUUAUCUAA